ACGGCAGAGGCAGAAGCAUCAUUACAUCGGGAAACUACAAGUCCUUUUCUCACAUAAAGGUGUCCAGCAACGAAACCAAAGUUUGAGUCAUGUGUGGGAUCUUUGCCUACCUGAAUUACCAAGUGCCUCGCACCAGAAAGGAGAUAUUUGAGACGCUGGUGAAGGGACUGCAGAGACUGGAAUACAGAGGGUACGAUUCAGCAGGUAUUGCUGUGGAUGGCCCAAAGAAGACAGGCAAUGAACACAACCAAAACACCAUCUGCUUGAUCAAGAAGACGGGGAAGGUGAAGGCCCUGGAUGAAGAGCUUUGCAAGAAAGACUUACUUGACCUGGAUGAGAAGCUGUUCACACACUUUGGCAUCGCUCACACUCGCUGGGCCACACACGGAGAGCCGAGCGAGGUUAACAGCCACCCUCAUCGCUCUGACAAGGAAAACGAGUUUGUCGUCAUCCACAACGGCAUCAUCACCAACUACAAAGAGCUGAAGGCCUACCUGAUCAACAAAGGAUAUGAGUUUGAGUCGGAGACGGACACAGAGGUGAUCCCGAAAUUGAUCAAAUAUGUUUACGACAACAGAGAGAAUGAGGACAUCGGGUUCUCCACCCUUGUAGAGAGGGUCAUUCAGCAGCUGGAGGGGGCCUUCGCUCUGGUGUUUAAAAGCCGUCAUUUCCCCAGAGAGGCAGUUUGCUCCAGGAGAGGAAGUCCGUUACUCAUUGGUGUGCGAAGCGAGUAUGAGCUUUCAACUGAAGACAUCCCCAUCCAGUACAACAAUGCCCUCUUCAAGGAGGGAGUCCAGGAGAAGAACAGCCAUAAUCUCGCUGACUGCUCCAGCGACAUCGACUCAGUGGGAGAUGGCCGAGCUGUGGAGUAUUACUUUGCCUCUGACGCCAGUGCCAUCAUUGAGCACACCAACAAGGUGUUGUACCUGGAGGAUGAUGACAUGGCGGUGGUCUCCGAGGGGAAACUCUCCAUCCACAGGUUGAGACGGAAGGUCAAUGAGAAUCCAGUGAGGGCAAUCCAGACCCUGCAGAUGGAGCUGCAACAGAUCAUGAAAGGUAACUUUGAUGCCUUCAUGCAGAAGGAGAUCUUUGAGCAGCCAGAGUCAGUCUUCAACACAAUGAGAGGACGGAUUUGUUUCGACACCAACACAGUGAUCCUCGGUGGGCUGAAGGAUCACCUGAAAGAAAUAAAACGCUGCAGGCGGCUCAUUGUGAUUGGCUGCGGCACUAGCUUCCACGCUGCUGUGGCUACAAGACAGAUCCUGGAAGAGCUGACGGAGCUGUCUGUCAUGGUGGAGCUGGCAAGCGACUUCCUGGACCGCAACACGCCAGUCUUUAGAGACGACGUUUGCUUCUUCAUCAGCCAGUCAGGAGAGACAGCAGACACCCUGAUGGCACUUCGAUACUGCAAGGGUCAAGGUGCUCUGACAGUCGGUGUAACCAACACCGUGGGCAGCUCCAUUUGUAGAGAAACAGACUGUGGAGUCCACAUCAAUGCUGGGCCGGAGAUAGGAGUGGCUAGCACCAAGGCCUACACCAGUCAGUUUGUGGCCCUCGUCAUGUUUGGUCUGAUGAUGAGCGAGGACAGGCUCUCCCUCCAGCAGCGAAGAUUGGACAUUAUCAACGGUCUCCAGAUGCUACCCGACCUGAUAAAGCAGGUGUUGGCUCUGGAUAAGAAGAUCAAAGCCAUCGCUGACGAACUGUAUCAGCAGAAGUCUCUUCUGGUCAUGGGCCGAGGUUACCACUACGCCACCUGCCUCGAAGGGGCACUGAAAAUCAAGGAGAUCACCUACAUGCACUCGGAGGGCAUCCUGGCCGGGGAGCUGAAGCACGGCCCUCUGGCACUUAUCGACAAAGAGAUGCCGGUCAUCAUGAUCAUAAUGAAAGACUCCUGCUACACAAAGUGCCAGAACGCUCUGGAACAAGUCACUGCCAGAUCGGGUCGGCCCAUCAUCCUUUGCUGCAAGGACGACACUGAUAUUUGUAAGAAUGCCUACCACACCCUCGAGUUGCCUCAAACUGUGGACUGUCUGCAGGGCAUCCUCACCGUCAUACCCCUGCAGCUCCUGUCCUUCCACCUGGCCGUGCUGCGAGGAUAUGACGUUGACUUUCCCAGAAACUUGGCCAAAUCUGUGACUGUGGAAUAAUUACAGUUCACAAAGCACAGGAGAGCUGAAAGGAGGCUCAUCGAUAUACAGUGCAGUUGUGCAAUUUCUUCAGUGUGUGUGUGUGUGUGUGUGUGUGUGUGUGUGUGUGUGUGUGUGUGUGUGUGUGUGUGUGU